GAAACGGAAAAAGUUUCGUGCGAAAUAAUUUUAUUCAUCGUGUAUACUAUAUUUUGAGAAUGUUUGCAAUAAACUAGGCAGAAGAGGCGUGCGGUGAUGUCUAUUAAGUAAGUAAACUUCAGAUAAAGGUCACAGUGAAGUGUGACAAAUUAUUCCACGACCUUUUUGAACCCCUUAUCGAACACAGAAUCAACGUGUUUACCUGUAGCUGCUCUGGGAUAUUAUUAGAAAGUGAACGAACAGCUCCACCACCAGGCGCGGAAUCUGAAUCCAACAAGCACCCAGAUAUAUUGCAUGACUAUUUUAAGGGACUUUAUUACCUGACAGCUUAACUAUGAAGUUUGACGAUAUCUUGGUGAGGAUAGGAGAGUUCGGAUUUUACCAGAAGCGGCUCUACCUGAUUCUCUGUAUACCUGCUAUAAACGUGGGCUGUUACAUGAUGAUGUUAGUCUAUACCAUGCAUAUACCGGCACACAGAUGUAAAAUUCCUGGAUAUGAAAAUGAUACAUAUCUUGAACAAAAUGAAAAGCACAGACAACUGAUAAAUAUAACCAUUCCGCUCCCUGAAGAUCCGCAUUCUGUUCUGAGAUAUGACCGGUGUCACGUCAUCGGACGAGAGAAUAACGUCACGACUCUUAGGAAAUGUAAUGAAUGGGUUUACGAUACAUCAGUGUUCGAAGAAACAUUCUCAUCAAAGGUGAAUUUAGUUUGUGACGAUGCUCUGAAAACCUCCCACGCCCAGAUGAUAUUCUAUUUCGGUGUGUUGGCUGGCGAUGUGGGGUUUGGGUGUGUUGCCGAUGUAUUUGGUAGGAAGAAGGCCUUGGUAAUUUCUGCAGUUAUUCAGGUUGUGUCAGCAGUCAGUGUGGCCUUUGUGUCCAAUUAUUACGUCUUUGUUAUCCUGAAUUUCUUUGUGGGAGCUGCAUGCCAUGGCGUCUUUGUUCCAGCUAGCGUUUUAAGUGUUGAGAUGGUGGGUCCCUCUAAGAGGGUAAUGACCGGGAUUCCUAUCCACAUGUUCUUUGCCGUGGGGCUGCUGUACCUGGCGGGGGUGGGGGCCCUCGUCCGACACUGGCAGUACCUCCAGCUGGCCGUGGCGGUACCGUGCGCUGUUUAUGUCCUCUAUUGGUGGGUGAUACCGGAAUCCCCUCGGUGGCUGCUGUCACAGGGAAGAAUGGAAGAGGCGGAAAAAAUCGUACAACGUGUCGCUAAAGUGAACGGAUUUGACGUAAAGGGAAAUCUGAUUGUGGGAGAAAAAAUUGAAAUUCCGAAAGGAGAGAAGAUUUGGCACGUGUUUAAACACAAAGUGUUGUUUGUUCGGGCAAUGAUAUUGUUCGUUAACUGGAUUGUUAUUGCUAUGGACUAUUACGGAGUAACCAUGCAUGUCGGAAAUAUAGGAGGAAACUUCUACCUGAAUCAGUUUAUUCUAGCAAUUGUUGAGUUUCCAGCAAAAAUUGCCACCAUGCUUUUGUUGAACAGAAUAGGGAGGCAGAAGUUACACUGCUUGAUAAUGAUCAUAGGUGGCGCUGCCUUACUGUGUACCAUAUUUCCAGUUCUCUAUGGCAAGGAAGAGUUGAGUAGUCUGACACUGGUAUUAUCAAUCAUUGGUAAAAUGGGGUCAUCAGCGGCCUUUGGUGUAAUCUACAUCUACACGGCGGAACUCUACCCCACCGUGGUCCGUAAUGGUGCUAUGGGAACCAGUUCCUGUAUCGCUCGAUUUGGCGGUAUGGCUGCCCCUUAUAUAGCCUCAACAAGUGAAUAUGUGAGUGGGAAGUUUGGCCAGGCCUUGCCGUUGGUGAUAUUUGGCGGUUCCGCCGUCACUGCGGGGUUUCUCACCCUCCUCUUACCGGAAACACUUCACAGGAAGCUUCCGGAAACCAUCCAAGAUGGCGUCGAAUUUGGAAAAAAGAAAGAGGAGCCGACCAUGAAUGACUAUUCCAAAAAAAUUAAAACACCACAUCCAAGUUUGUCUUCCUUUGAUAAUACUGCAUUUGAGGGAACUACGUUGUAACAAAGAAGAGGUGUAGUGAAUACAAUACUUCAUCCUUAUAUAACAUUAUAGCAUAAUACAUUUAAAUAUUAUAAUUUGCAUUUAAUCUAUGUCUUAUAUAAUUACAUCUAUAUUCAUGAUAUUUGUAUAUAUUUUUGUAAACGUGUUCUCUUAUAUAUACUAGUAUAUAACUAUAUAUACACUAGACAAAAGUGUUAACGCACCACUUCUUCAUCCUCAUCUGUGAACUGAAGAUUUGCUUGAUCGGUACUAGUAUACUAGUAUUAUAAUUAUAUGCCAUUAUUUCCAAAUCAGUGGGAUUGACAAAUGUCUUGGUAUCAUAAAAACACCCCUGAAUGACAUUCUUGACAGAAAACAAAUUUCCAGAUUGCACUGUGCACCAUUUUUUUUAAAACAGAUAUGCAAUUCUUGGAAACUAAAGGUGGUCCGUUGAGAUUGCCACAGAAGUAGUCCCCCAUUAAUAAAUUAAAUGACAAACAGUCAUUGACUAUCGUAUCGCCUAGUAAUUAUCCGGUACCUUAGUUUCCUUAACAAAUCCACCCAACUUCCGGUUGACCUAGUUUUGUGGAUCAAUUUUUAACUUACUGUAUGCUGGAAACUUAAUGCCCUGGCUAUCUAUAGUAAACAUUUUUAUGUUUGAUAUUCUAGUUGCAACAAUUUUUCAUGUUAGGAAUUCAAAUUUGUUUUAUUGUUUUUAUUUUUCAUUUCAUUUUCUCUAAGGAAACCCGAUGCAGACGCCAUACUGUCUGCGUUUUGCACGCUCUUCUAGCUUCAAAUGCCGCAUACGGCGUAACUUUUUUCUGAGUUUUUAAUUAGUACAAAUGUAAAGAACACCAACACGAAGAAAAAUAGAAAAUGUUUUUCUUCACAAAUGGAAUAGACACGAUUUUAAUCUUUUCUAUAAAUUGGCAACGCUUCAGUAAACAUUGUAUUUAUUUAUAAGAUUUGAUAUUUAUUUAUUUUUUACUAAACUAACAUAAUUAUAAAUCAAAUACAAGUUUUUAAAAGUAAAAUAUUAAUUCUCUUAGGUGGUGCGUUAGCAAU